CCCCUCCACCGCCUUCCCCGGAAACGCUUCUUUCCUACGCGGUCGGGGCUCCGCCGCUGUAGCUGGAUCUUUGCCUCUCUAGGCAGGUAGGGCUUCUUCUCCAUGGUCCUGUCUGUCAGCGCUGUUUAGGGGGUCAGUCGGUGAGGCUGGGCCGUCUUCGGACACUUCGACCCUCGAGUCCGUCACCGGUGCCAGGGCGGCCCGGGGCCCAUGGCGCGGCGGCGCUGACCCAGGCCCCGGGUGGCGGCCGGGCCCCGCGGGCCGGCAUGGCGGGCCAGUUCCGCAGCUACGUGUGGGACCCGUUGCUGAUCCUGUCGCAGAUCGUCCUCAUGCAGACAGUCUAUUACGGCUCGCUGGGCCUGUGGCUGGCGCUGGUGGACGGGCUGGUGCGCAGCAGUCCCUCGCUGGACCAGAUGUUCGACGCCGAGAUCCUGGGCUUUUCCACCCCUCCAGGCCGGCUCUCCAUGAUGUCCUUCAUCCUCAACGCCCUCACCUGUGCUCUGGGCUUGCUGUACUUCAUCCGGCGAGGGAAGCAGUGUCUGGAUUUCACUGUCACUGUCCAUUUCUUUCACCUCCUGGGCUGCUGGUUCUACAGCUCCCGUUUCCCCUCGGCGCUGACCUGGUGGCUGGUCCAAGCCGUGUGCAUUGCGCUCAUGGCUGUCAUCGGGGAGUACCUGUGCAUGCGGACGGAGCUCAAGGAGAUCCCCCUCAACUCAGCCCCUAAAUCCAAUGUCUAGAAUCGGGUCCUUUGGACACCCUGCUGGGCACUUGGCGCCCUUCCCUCCCGCCCUGCCCCCCAGCACCUUGGGCUGUUCAGACUCUCCAGACGAGGUCCAGCCCAGGUGUGAGAGGAACCCUGGAAAUGUGAAGUCUUGUUGGUGGAGAGAUAGUGAGGCCCUGUCAAGAAGGCAGGUAGCAGUCAGAACCACAGCCGCAAGAAUGGCCUCUGCCUGCUGAAGCGUUGCUAUCUGGGAGGUCAGCAAGGGGACCUCUUUCAGGGUAAUAACAGAAUUGGAACCAUGUCAUUCUUGAGCCACUAUACCUGUCACCAGCCUGUUAUUUUAAAAAAGAACCAAAUCAAGGAUAUCUGAUUGGAGCAAACCACUCUUCUAGUCAUCUGUCUUACCUCCCCCGAGACAGCUGUUACCUUUGCCAUGUUGCUGAACCGCAGCUAUUCUGUUUGGAGAAACACUUGGUUUCUGGAUCCAUAGCCACAGAGAGGCAGAGGUGCAGAGGAUUAGGCUGCUGUCACGGAGCGGACGGCAGACGGAGGCAUCAAGCACAAGGAAGACGCACAACCCGUGUCCUGCUGCACGCAUGUGUGCACACGCCCACGAAUCCAUGACUAACUUUCUUCCAGUUCUCUCUACUGCCAGCUUUCAACAGAGCAGGCUAUAGGACCCAGAGAAGAAGUCCCAGCAUUGCUCCUGGUCCACCCCUCACGAUAGAGUCACUGCCUCUUCUCUAGGAAUGACUAGGCACCCCAGCUCCCACCGGGCCUCACUUCUGGCAAUAGUUCCUUUUCCCUGCCUUACUGGGAAUUCUACAGUGGGAAGGGUAUGAUGGGUGCCGAGAGACAGGAGGCCCAGCCUUCCAACUUGAGCUGUGCUGGGAGUGCUGAGGGAGAUAGAAAUUUGCUGCUAAGAUUUUUCUUUGGGGUGGCCUGUCCUCUGUUAGGGGCUUGCAGCUGUCCCUCCUAUGUACAUAAAUACAGUAUUUUCCACGGUU